CGCACAAUACGCAAUCGCACAAAGCACCUCAGGCACAUCGAUAUUGAAGAUAUCCCCACGGACACCGCGGUAGCGAUGAUAAUUGAUGUACUGCGAUAGUUCAUCUUGAUGACAGUAUGGCGGUGCCUUAUAACGAGCGACGAGACACUAGGAGAAGGGCUUUUCGUAGCCCACACGUUAUACGCGCAUAUGUCGACGACAAAACUGCAGUGCACGGGGAUUUCUGAAGGUAGCGGGGUCGAGCCUCAGUUAUAUAGCAGGUCGUUCAUUUGGCAUGGUAGAGAUGGAGACCUAGGUAGCAAUGAUCAUAGUUCAACCCAGGGGCCGAAAUCCAAUAAACUUCAAUCCAGGAACAAGGAAGGGAAGGCAGCUUUAUUUUGGCAGAGGACAUUGAAUAUAAAGUGGGAGAGGGCACAAUUUCCCUACUACCGAGCGGAGCCGUGUAUGAUGAUCUGCAGAUGCUUGAGGCUUUUUCUGGGACUGCCCAGUAAUUGGGUCAAGUGCACGUUAAAACCAGCAUUGGUUCCAAGCUUAGACGUGAUUUGGCACAGCCAUUGGCGGAAGCCUCAAGCGUGAACCACUUCUAGGUAUGAAUCGGUUCCAAUAUUAGGCUUUAAAAGUCAAUUAGGGCAUCUUAUACAGAUGUGGAGCACGACAUAUGUCAACAGACAGCGAAGUCGGCGAAGUUCCGUUAAUGACAGGUAGUUGUGCCA